AUGUUUAAUACAAAAAUAUUUGAAGGCGGGAACGGAUCGGCUUCGCCGUCGAUAAACAUCCCAAACGGUCUGCAACAACUGCAGCAACAACCACAACAACAGCAGCAACAAGGAGGGGGCAAUUUCGGUGAAAAUCUUAAUAUUCCUCAACCAAUUGAUAUCACAUAUCAGCGACAGCCAUCAGUGUUCAAUAACAGCAGGCUACGUAGAGAAUCUAUUGCUCACUCACAAGGAAUGGGAGGUGUUUCGUGGGGGUCGGUUACUAUUGGUUCGUGGUUAAAGGAUGAAGUUAUGAUGUUUGCAAAUUCACACGGACAAAACCUGCAGCAGAACAUGUUAUCUGCACAGCAGUCACAUGCCCAAGUGCAAGCUCAACACCAGCACCAGCACCAACAGCCUCAACACCAGCAAAUUCUGCAACAAAUGCAUCUGCUGAGUCAUGGUUUGGGUGAUAUCUCAUUGAAUCCACGUAGAUCAUCAUUCCGUUAUAACCCAUCUAUUUCGAUGGCUCAAUCGCCUCCAACAACUUCGUACUUGCCCGAUCUUGAAGCUGACUAUUGUAAAGAUUACUCUUGCUGUGGUCAAUUAUUGCCUACACUUCACGAUCUCUUACGUCACUACGAAGAGGCUCAUAUCAGUCAGUCGCCUCCUAUAGAUAACCCCUUGUUACAGCAGAACAGAAACAGACAAAACAACAACACAAUGCAUAACAUUAUGGAAACAGUGUCAACAAAUGAUGUUUUCUUGAACAACGGACAACAACACCAACAUCAACAACAGCAACAAGCUGCUCAUCAAGCUCAGCAAGCGGCUCAACAACAACAAGCUGCACAACAAGCUGCUCAGCAGCAGCAACAGCAACAGGCUGCUCAACAACAACAUCACAUUCAACAACAGCAGCAAAACCAACAGCAUCAAGCUAACCAGAAUAAUAAUUAUACAAUGCAGAAUCAAAUACCGACGUACCAACAAAACCUGCAGCAUCUUUCUCAGCUUUCACAACCACAGCCGCACAACCAACUUUCACAACAGCAACAUCAUAAUAUCCAACAACAAAACUCUGGUGUUGGCCAGGGUCAAAGUGGUUCAGGUGCCUCUACUUCUCUUCCAGGUACACCUGAUGAUGAAGAUUCCAUGUACAUAGAUGACCCAGCGCGUCACUUGUAUGUAAUGGAACACCAAGAGCACAAGCCUUUUAAAUGCCCAGUUAUUGGUUGUGAGAAGAAUUAUAAGAAUCAGAAUGGAUUGAAAUAUCAUAGACUUCAUGGACACCAAAACCAAACUUUAAAGGAGAACCCAGAUGGUACAAUUUCCAUUAUUGAUCCUGAGAGUAACGCCCCUUACUUGGAUGGUGCAGGUAUGGAAAAGGAUAAGCCUUAUAGAUGUGAAGUUUGUGGUAAGAGGUAUAAAAAUUUGAACGGUUUGAAGUACCACAGAGGACACACUACUCAUUGA